CCAUAUUAAUAAACAAAAAGACAAAAACAACGAAGAGCUAGCUUGUUGGCUCGCACAAAAUGAUUGCUCGGCUACUCCAUCUUCGAGGAGCUGCUGCAAUAAUCUUCGUCUUGAUCCUUUCCAUGACACUGUCUUCGUCUUUUGCUCAUGGCUGUUCUGCAAGCGAGUGCGAGGCACUCAUCUCCUUCAAGAAAAACUACAAAGACCCUAACGGGCUCCUCUCGUCAUGGCGAGGCGAGGACUGCUGCGGGUGGAAGGGAGUCCGGUGCAACAACCAAACUGGCCAUAUCAUCAAGCUUGACCUCCAUGGCCCUGAGGACUUCAUGGAAGCAGAGAACAACUUGAGAGGUCAGAUAAUAAUGAACUCCUCCAUUAUUGCCGCCUUACCACAUCUGAGAUACUUGGAUCUUAGCUUCAACUACUUCAGUUAUAGCACAAGCGAACCUUUGUCAUUUUUGGGUGCCCUCAACAACCUAAGGUAUCUCAACCUCUCCAAUGCUGGUUUUUCUGGGAGUAUACCUGGGCAGCUUGGUAACCUUUCUCGCUUGCAGCACCUUGAUCUUAGCAGCAUUGAUCUUCAGUACGCAUCAGAUCUUACAUGGUUGCCACACCUAUCUUCACUAAAGACCCUCUAUAUGAGCGGAUGGAACCUCAGCUGCGCAAGCGAUUGGGUGAGCAAGGUUAAUAUGCUGCCUGAUCUGAAAACCCUCGACCUGUCUUGGUGUUCCCUUAGCAGCGAAACCUCUCGUCUUUCCCAUUCUAACGUCACACAUCUUGAGAUCCUUGAUUUAUCAAACAAUGCAUUUAUUAACUCAUUCCUCCAACACAGCUGGUUUUGGGAUGUCACUUCCAUCAGGGAGCUUUAUCUCUCUUCUUGUGGAUGGUCUGGGCUCAUACCUGGUGCAUUAGGAAACAUGUCCUCCCUUGAGGUCUUAUAUAUAGAUGGUAAUUCCAUAUCAGGUAUGGUUCCAACGGCCUUGGAAAAAUUAUGCAGUUUGCAUUUACUCAAUUUGGAAUACAAUAUUAUCAGUGCAGACAUAAUAGGGAGAUUACCACAGUGUUCAUGGAGCAAGUUGCGUGAGCUACACUUGCAUGGUGCAAAUUUGACAGGGCAGUUGCCGGCUUGGAUAGGAAAUCUGACUAGUCUCACCUUCCUUGACCUCUCAUCGAACAUGUUGAUUGGUUCUAUACCAUCUGGGAUAGAAAACAUGAGGAGUCUAAGUUACCUUGACCUCUCAAUGAACAUGUUGGUUGGUUCUAUACCAUCUGGGAUAGUAAACAUGAGGAGUCUAAGUUACCUUGAACUCUCAACGAACAUGUUGGUUGGUUAUGUGCCUUUUGGAAUAGGAAACAUGAGGAGUCUAAGUUAUCUUGACCUCUCUCAUAACAUGUUGGAUGGUUCUAUACCAUCUGGGAUAGGAAAUAUGAGGAGUUUGAGUCACCUUGACCUCUCUUGCAACAUGCUGCAUGGUGAUGUACCUAGUGGGAUUGGAACACUUAGUAAUUUAACUGACUUGAUCCUUUCCAGCAAUAACUUCAGCAGUGUGCUUUCAAAAGAACAUUUUGCUAGUCUCAUGAACCUUGAGUAUCUGGAAAUUGAAAACACAUCCCUCAAAUUGGAUUUUGGUGAAGAUUGGGUUCCUCCGUUUAAAUUAAUAUAUGCAAUUUUUGGGUCGUGUGACAUGGGUCCUCAGUUUCCUACCUGGUUGAGAUGGCAAACGAGCAUAGAUGUGCUUGAUAUCUCAAACACAAAGAUAAAUGAUGUUUUGCCACACUGGUUCUGGGUUGCAUUUCCUAACGCUUCCAUGUUGAAGUUGUCAGGAAAUAAACUCAGUGGUACUUUACCACCAAAUUUGGAGCUGCCGCUCGUAGAAAUCAUCUAUCUCUCUGGAAAUUCUUUAUCGGGGCAGCUACCAGCAAAUCUCACUGCUCCUCACCUAAGUAGUUUGGAUCUCUGCAACAAUCAUUUCACAGGCACCAUCCCACCAUACUUGUGUAAUGGUUUCUCGGAAAUAAACCUAUCGAACAAUCAAUUAACAGGGGGUUUUCCACAUUGUCAAAGUAACGAGUCUUCAUUUUAUUUAUCUAUGCUAGACUUGAGAAACAACAAUCUGUCUGGUGAAUUCCCUCGCUUCCUUCAAUAUGCUCCAAAUUUAAUCCUUCUUGACCUUUCGUAUAAUAGGUUCUCUGGAAGUGUGCCAAUAUGGGUAGCAGAGAAAAUGCCCAGCUUAGAGGUUCUGAUCCUAAGGUCGAAUAUGUUUUGUGGUCACCUUCCUAGGCAGUUAUCAAGGAUAGUUGGACUUCAUUACCUGGACGUAGCACAGAACAACAUAUCAGGAAUUAUACCUUCAUCCUUAGCAAGGUUGAGAGCCAUGGCAGAUCCACAUGAAACAGAUGAUGACCAUUUGCCAGAUUCAUUUGGUAUUCACAAUAGAGACAUCAUAUCAGCAUUCAUAAAAAAUCGAGAGCUUAACUAUACCCAUGAAUUCACAAAACAUACUGUGUUGAUAGAUUUAUCAAGUAAUGGUUUCAUUGGACAGAUUCCGAAGGAAUUAACUUUACUCAAGGGACUUCGGAGUUUGAAUCUAUCCAACAACCAGUUAAGUGGACCGAUUCCAGAUGAUGUUGGUUCUUUAAGGAAACUAGAAUCCCUUGACCUAUCUUACAAUUAUUUCAGUGGCAACAUACCAUCAAGUUUAUCAGAUCUAACAUUCUUGAGCUGCCUCAACUUGUCGUACAACCAUUUAUCAGGAACAAUCCCCUCAGGACAACAGCUGCAAACACUCAACGAUCGGUAUAUGUACAUUGGCAAUCCCGGACUUUGUGGGCCUCCUCUUCUGAGGAAUUGCUCAAUGAAUGUAACAAAUCCACGUUCAAAAAAUGUAACGAAUCCAACUGUUAGUCAACAACAUGAAGGUGGCAAGUCAUCUUUUUACAUCAGCAUGAGCAUGGGAUUUAUAAUGGGUCUUUGGAUUGUAUUUUGUACCAUGUUGUUCAUGAAGACAUGGAGGAUUGCUUACUUUCAGCUUUUGGAUCAGUUAUAUGACAAGCUUCAUGUGCAACUUGCUAUCAACAAGGCUGCCAUUCUGAGGAAAUUUGGAAGCAAAGAGAUUUGAAGGUUUUCUUCAUUGCUUAGUCCAUGAACCCUUUAUUAGACAAGUUAAUAUCCUAGACAUUCUUGUGUGACAAAUAUGUAAAGGAAUCAAUCUUGAUUUGGCCAGAGAUAGUAGUUUAGACCUGUACGGUAAUAAGUUAGCAAUGAUUGUAUCUUUCCUGUAUAGGCUGAUGGCCAAAUCACGAUUGGUCUCUUGCUCCCUAUGUAAGCCACCGGUGAGGGGCUGUUCCUUACCACAACAUCAACACGCAACCCGUCGCCACCGUGCG